AUGACAUCCCUAAUAUUCGGUGCAAAAUGCUCGCCGUUUGUCGCGCAGUUCAUUAAAAAUAAAAAUGCGCUGCGCCACGAGCACACCGAGCCGGCUGCAGUUGACGCGAUCUGCAACUCUCACUACGCAGACGACUACAUUCAGAGUUUGCCAGACGAGGAGACAGCAAUAAAAAUGGUAAGUACAACAUCAAAGAUACACGCAGAAGGUGGGUUCGAGAUCCGCAAUUGGACGAGCAAUAGUACAUCUGUGCUCGACAGCGUGCCAAAUGAAACCCUCGGUACUGCUGCUGUAAAGUUUAAAAUGGAUCAGCAGUUCGAGGGCGAGCGGACGCUCGGACUCAUCUGGUUCCCGGCCACGGACGAGUUAGGGUUCGACGUAUCGCUUAAACGUAUCCCUGAGCAGAUUGUUUUAGGCCACCAAAGGCCUACUAAAAGGAUUAUGUUAAAAGUAGUCAUGUCUAUUUUUGAUGUAUUUGGAUUUUUGGCGCCUUUUACUAUACAGGGUAAAAUCAUGCUCCAGGAUACGUGGCGAUCGGCCACUGGCUGGGAUGAUGAAAUUCCCGACGAUAUCUACACUAGGUGGGUAAAGUGGCUCGAUUUAUUACAAUUAAUAGGUCGCAUGCGCAUACCUAGAUGGUAUCAGAAAGCAUCCAUAUGUGCGAGCGAGACGGAGCGAGGCUCACCCGCUGCGAACAAUACCGGUGCUACGACGAGCGCUACGGCUGCUACGCCUCCCGCUACGCCGCACUCCGGGCCGAAAUCGACUACGAGCGCGAUCGCUGCAAGUGUAAGUAUUAUAAAUAAUUAUAAUAACUUGCAACUGCAUUUGUUUUCGGAUUCAUCUUCAAAGGCUAUGUGUGCUGUAGCAUAUUGGAGAUGGGAUACAAAUGGGCAGAUAUAUGUAGCCUUUGUUGCCAGUAAAUGCAAGGUCACACCUGUUAAGCCGUUGACCAUAAACAGAUGUGAACUUCAAGGCGCAUUACUGGCAGCGAGAUUGGCCGACAGCGUGCUGCGCGAACAUAAGGUAACUACAGCGCAACGGUACUUCUGGUGCGACUCGGCGUGUGUUUUGCAUUGGCUCCGGAAUGAUACUCGCAGCUACAAUAUAUUCAUUGCAAACCGGUUGGGCGAAAUAGACGAGUUAUCGCGCGUCAAUGAAUGGCGUUAUAUACCUACGAAGUUAAACAUCGAUCGCUGAUGUAGCUACAAGAGAGGUU